AUGGCCUCCUGGCUCCUUAUCUUUCCUUGGGCGGAGAGGGUGGGUACCUCGGUGAAGAACUUGCCCGCGAACUUUGGUAUCAAAUCAGGGACUAGGAACCCCCAGAUUGUUUGGCCUUUUGUAGAUGAGAGUGAUGUUCUGUGCGUUCCAUCCGCCCUCUUCGUCCAAAUCGACCCCACGCCUUCUACUCCAUCGCCGUGGUCCAAAACGUCAUCACAACCCCUCAUGGCCUUCCGCAUCUGGCACACAUCCGCCAGAUCCGCCCAGUACAAAACCGGGAGCUACCUCCUCCCGGUAGCACGCAUCCUCAUCGAGUCUGCGGCGCUACAGCUUGUCGUGGAGAUCCUGCUGCUCGCGCUCUACUCGCGCGCGUGGCGCGUCUCUCCUUGGCUGUCUGGUCAUGCCAUGAGUUUGAUAUACGAGCAGGGGAUCACUUUCAACGCUAUCACUAUUCCCGUCAAGCUUCGCGCCAACUCCACGGCGUUCUCGAGGUCCGACCCCGUCCAGACGAUCGGGUGCAUGCCGAUGAAGCACAUCAAAGUAGAUAUCACUACCCAGAUGGAGGACGACACAGAUCCGAAGCAAAGCUUUCCAGAAAGCUCAGUUGCUCACUCGAGCGCCUGA